GGUAGGUUUUGCUCAGAGAGAGGGAGGGAGGAGCUCUACGUCAAACGUUAGUGAAGUCAGUUUUUAAUAUAUUAGGAUAAAAGUAAUAAUUCUUUAUCUUGUGAAGGAUUGCCUCAUCGUUUGUUCACCCUGACGUUAUCCACAUAAUAAUAAGGACAGUGAUGAUGCCUUCUUUAAAGUACCAGAAAGGGGAAACAGUGAUGGGCCGCUGGCCUGGCAGCAGCCUGUAUUACGAGGUCAAAGUGCUAGGAUUUGAUUUAAAAAGUCAGCUCUACACUGUAAUCUACAAAGAUGGUACGGAGUUGGAGCUCAGGGAGCAAGACCUCAAGAGUACUUCUGGUUUCCAAGCCCGUUCCCGCUCUCGUUCUCGAUCACCUGGUCGUCGCCGUAGCCGUUCACGCUCCCCAGGGAGGACGACAAGGCGCUCAUCUUCUCGCACUGCAGCAGCUGUUGCUGCUGCAGCAAUAACAGACAAUGCAGCAUCUUCUCGCAGAGAAACAAGGCUGAGAGAUGUUGAGGUCACUCUCAGCCCCCUGCAGCCGACAAAGACCCCUGAGAACAACGGCAACAACAGGCACGAGAAGAAUGAGGACAAACUAAAAGUGGAAAAUAACACGGCUAACAAAAUAAAUGAGAGUGAGAAAAAGGUAGAGGCUGAACCUGAGAAGAUCCAAGGUCGUUACAAUCUGCGACGUAGGAAGGAUGAUGGAGAUGCUAAAUCAGAUGAAGCCAAAGUAGAGCAUCCCGAAGAGAAGGAAGCAAAGAAAGCUGCAGGUGCCACCUUCGCCACCCCUCUUGACUUUGGCGGGAAGAUAGGAGCCUACUUCUGGCUGCUUUUUCUGCCGGCCUGGGUCCUCUUCCUAGUUCUCCACGUCAACCAGGAGGACCCCAGCCUGGCCACUUUCCCCCCUCCUCUGCCCCCACUUGAUGUUUUCUGGGAUGCCCAGGCCCUAAGCUUCAUCAUCCUGUGGAUCCUAUUCCAGGCUCUGCUCUAUGUUACACCUGUUGGAAAGUUGAGUGAGGGAAUGCCACUGAGGUCUGGGGAGAGGCUGAAGUACAGAACCAAUGGUUUUUUUGCCAUUGUGGUGAGUGCUGUAGCAGUUGCAGCAGCAGUUCAUUACGGUGUUGACCUCACAUAUAUCUACAGCCAUUUCCUACAACUGGCCACGGGCUCCUUCCUCAUCUCCUUUGUGCUCAGCAUCUUCCUGUAUGUCUACUCUCGAUAUGCUGCUCCAGAGCAACUAGCACUGGGAGGUAACUCUGGGAAUGUGGUUUAUGACUUUUUUAAAGGACAUGAGCUCAAUCCUCGUAUCAAAAACUUUGAUCUGAAAUUCUUCUGCGAGAUGCGCCCUGGACUGAUUGGUUGGUGUUUGAUCAACUUUGCGAUGGCCUUGGCUGAGAUGAAGAAGCAGGGUCUGGAUGCUCCAUCCAAUUCCAUGAUCCUUGUUAACCUCUUCCAGUUGCUCUAUGUGGUGGAUGGUCUCUGGAAUGAGGAGGCUAUCCUGACCACCAUGGACUUGAUGCACGAUGGCUUUGGCUUCAUGUUGGCUUUUGGUGAUCUUGUGUGGGUUCCAUUUACUUACACCAUGCAGGCGUAUUACCUGGUCAGUCACCCUAGCCCAUUGAGCGUCCCUGCUCUUACAGCUAUCGUCAUCCUUAAACUUGUUGGCUUCUACAUCUUCAGAAAAUCCAACUCUGAGAAAAAUGCCUUCAGGAGAAAUCCAUCAGACCCCAAACUGUCUUACUUGAAGACAAUCCCCACAGCUACAGGGAAGAGUCUUCUAGUGUCCGGCUGGUGGGGCAUGGUCCGCCACCCUAAUUACCUUGGAGACCUCCUCAUGGCUCUGGCCUGGUCCCUACCCUGUGGGUUCAGCCACCUCUUGCCGUGGUACUACAUGAUCUACUUCAUCAUCCUGCUCGUGCACAGAGAUUCACGUGACAUGGUUGAGUGCAGGAGGAAGUAUGGUUUGGCUUGGGAUGAGUACUGCCGAACUGUCCGCUACCGGAUCAUUCCCCAUGUGUACUGAGGAAGUACAAUUUAGCAAAAUCCCAAAUGAAAUUUUUAAUCUGGACUGAAGGACCUGUAGUACAUAAUCCUAUGUAUAAUGGACAAUUUGAAUAUUUGCCUUUUUCCCCACCUUUAGAUAAAGGGGAGGUUGUGAAUAAGCACUGUUGCCAGUAAUGUCUUGUUAGGAUGUAUAUUUUUGUAUAUAUGGAUUUGCUUUUAUACUUAAAAAAACAAACAUACCAGCCCUGCAUUCAUGUCUUUGCUCUCAUUUUAGAACGUUUAGAACGUUAUCAGUAUCACAUUAUUACAAUAUAUUAAUUUUGAAGUAUGCCUUUUUUUGUAUGCCUAUUAUGCAGUUUGCGUGCACUGAUCUUUCUCAGGACUCAGAAUCUUGUCAGAGGGUUAAAUUGGAAGCAAUUUAAAGUAUUGUUGAAUCAUUUUGUUGUGUAUAAUUUUCUGUAUAUAAGUUUUGUUUUUUGUUUUUUUUAAGCUAGUUGUUUAGCAUAAAAGAAUUUCAGUUAGAUCAAUUUGAAGUGUAUUUGAUUAGGCUUUGCUACCUCAGGAUCAUGCAUUUGUCUUCUUCAAAUUGUGGGGGACAUGUCACUGCUUGUUUUUAUUGUUCACAUCCGUUAAGAAAUAAGCAACAUUUCUCUCCAUCACCAAUUAUUUGCUCUUUUAGAAUGGAAAUCCCAUCUUUCUCUUGAAUAAUAGUAUGUAUUUUUGUCUCUUGGGCAUAUUAUGAACUUCAUUUCCCACAAAUAAUCAUGUAUUUAGAUGUUGCCUAAAUAAGCUUUAACUCUCCAAUAACAAUUCCAGUUUUAAUGAAGACUGUGACAUCAGCUGUAGAUUGUGUUUUUAUCCUGUGCAUUUGCAAACCCAAAAAGUAUUUUUAUGUCUUUGCAGCUGAAGAUGAGUACCUAAGUAGCAAUACAGUAAGUGGUCUGAAUAGCAUUUUUCUGAUGUGCUGUAACCAUGUAAAUAUAAAUAUUCCAUCAUGUUAUUUGGGAAAAGAAUGUUUUCAAUAAAUGGGAUAUUUAACAUUG